UACUUCUAUGUGGGUAUUUCUCCACCUACCCACCCACUCCCUCCUCCCCGCCCUCAAUUCCCCUACAAUGGGCACCUUUUGAGCCUUCAUAGGACCAGGGACCUCUCUUCCCAUUGAUGCCUGGCAAGACCGUUCUCUGCUACACAUGCAGCUGGAACCGUGUGCACUCCUUGGGACCCCAUGCUCAGUGCAAUGGUUGCCUGCGAGUAUAUGCUUCUGUAUUUGUAAGGCUCUGGCAGGGCCUCUCAGGAGACAGCUGUAUCAGGCUCCUUUCAGAAAGCAUUUCUUAGCCUCCACAAUAGAGUUGGAGUUUGGCGAUUGUAUCUGGGAUGAAUCCUCAGGUGGGACAGUCUCUGGAUGGCCUUUCCUUCAGUCUCGGCUCUGCACUUGGUCUUCAUAUUUGUUCUAGAAACCAUGGACAUUGACGCAUACUUUGAAAGGAUUGGUUAUCAGAACGUCAGGAACAAACUGGACCUGCAAACAUUAACUGAAAUCCUUCAGCACCAGAUACGAACUAUUCCCUUUGAGAACUUGAACAUCCAUUGUGGGAAAUCCAUGGAGCUGAGUUUUGAAGCCAUCUUUGAUCAAAUUGUGAGGAAGAAGCGGGGUGGGUGGUGUCUUCAGGUUAAUCAUCUGCUGUACUGGGCUCUGACCAAAAUGGGCUUUGAAACCACAAUGUUGGGAGGAUAUGUCUUUAACCCUCCAGCCAAUAAGUACAGCAGUGGCAUGAUUCACCUUCUAGUACAGGUGACCAUCAGUGGAAAGGACUACAUUGUUGAUGCUGGGUUUGGACGUUCCUACCAGAUGUGGGAGCCUCUGGAAUUAACAUCUGGGAAGGAUCAGCCUCAGGUGCCUGCCAUCUUCCGUUUGACAGAGGAGAAUGGAACCUGGUACUUGGACCAAAUCAGAAGAGAGCAGUAUGUCCCAAAUGAAGAAUUUGUUAACUCAGACCUCCUUGAAAAGAACGAAUAUCGAAAAAUCUAUUCCUUUACUCUUGAGCCCCGAACUAUUGAGGAUUUUGAGUCCAUGAAUACCUACCUUCAGACAUCACCAGCAUCUGUGUUUACAAGCAAAUCAGUUUGUUCCUUACAGACCCCAGAAGGGGUUCAUAGUUUGGUUGGCUCCACCCUCACUUAUACAAGAUUUAGUUAUAAGGACAAUAUAGAUCUUAUAGAGUUUAAGAGUCUGACUGAGGAGGAAAUAGAAGAUGUAUUGAAAACUAUAUUUGGGAUUUCUUUAGAGAGAAAACUUGUGCCUAAACAUGGUGAUCGAUUUUUUACCAUUUAAAAUGUGCAAAGUUUUGUUAUCCUUCCAUGUACUUGGAAUUUUUAUGAUAAAAUAUUCAAACUGGUGACAUGAAAAUCCUGGUGAUCAUGUUGAUGUGUACUAGGAAAUACCCAGCACUGGCUUACAGCUAAAUUUAUUUAGAAUUUGUGCUAAUUAUUAAGUAAAAGGAAUGGUGUGAAAAGCAUUCCCUUUAAAUUCAACUAGCAUGUAUCUCAUAUCAAAUUUUCAUGAAGUAUUACCUGUACAAUUUAGGAUUUGGAUUCAGCAAAGAAGAAUGAUACGUUAUAUUGGUUCCAAAUAACUAUAUAGUCUUCAAUAUAGGACUUACACCAUCAGCAAAUGAUAUGUGAUUAGGGCCCAAGAGUCACACAGCUAAUUAUUUCUUUCUGUGUCAUUUUUAUAUCCACUUCUUUUUAUACCAUUUUUUCUUACUGUGGAAAUAAACAUCAAUUUAGAAACUUGAA